AUCAACUCCUUCACCAUGUCUAGCCAAAGGGGGCGGCAAGAUGCCGAAGACACGGGCCGCCGCACCAUCCGUCUAGAGAUCGAUAGGGAUGCAGAAAUCCAGCGGGCGACAAUGUCCCAACCCGCGUCGCCCACCUCGACUCGCCGACAGCGCAGGUACUAUCCGGGCAGCAAGCAGCCCAGUAGGGGAACUUCGAUGUCCCGGCAGCCCGACGAGAGGUCCCCGCUGCUGUCAGGUCCGCCUGCCCAGUAUUCGCACCUCCGGCUGCCCAGCUCCCACGGCACACCUCGAUCCCCCCAGCUCUCUCGAGAGCAAAGCUACACUUUUGCAACGCGGCAUCACCAUCGCGGCAACUCGUUUACGACACGACUCUUCCAUGCCUUGGCAGAUCGCCAAGAGUCCAUGGCCGACUCCAAGGGCACCAGUGGCGCAGAUGAACGGGUUUGGUACGAUCAGUUCACGUCGACCGACUGGGUCCGCGACAACAUAGCAGACGCUUAUCGGGUGAAGGCUUUAAUGUCGCGGAAGGACUUUUGGGGGCGCAUAUAUGUUCUGUUCGAUGGCGCACAAGGCUGGAUCCUGAGUGCCGUGGUGGGCGUAACUGUGGCUAUCCUGGCCUACAUAAUCAACGUCAGCGAGGCCACACUUUUCGACAUGAAAUACGGUUACUGUGCUCGCGCUUGGUACUUGUCUGAGAAGCAGUGCUGUCCCCACGGUGACUGCGUCGAUUUCAAACUCUGGGACGAUAUAGUGCAAGGCUAUCCGUUUGGCUACCUUGGAACCGACUACGCAGUCUACAUCUGCGCCGUGGUCUUAUUCGCUGUUCUUGCCUGUCUGCUUACACUCCAGACAAAGACGGUUGUGCCAUCCGCAUACAGACUGACGACACUGGAUGAGGACUUGGGCGUCGACCCGGCUCACGCUUCCGAGCCGGCUCACGAUCCACAAGACGACAACGGCAGCGCCAAUUUGACCCCACCCCCGGUCUUGCCCAAGGAGAAUAAACUAAACCCUCCCAUGAUCUACUACUCGGCUGCUGGAAGUGGCGUUGCCGAAGUCCGCGUCAUCCUCAGCGGUUUUGUUCUCCACGGAUUCUUGGGAGCUAAGACGUUGCUAAUCAAGUCCGCCGGCCUCAUUCUCAGUGUGGCUUCAGGCUUGAGCUUGGGUAAAGAGGGUCCUUAUGUUCACAUAGCGAGCUGUGUGGGAAACAUUGCGUGUCGACUCUUUGCAAAGUACGACUACAACGAUGCCAAGAGGCGUGAGGUCCUGUCGGCGGCGGCGGCGGCAGGUGUUGCAGUGGCAUUCGGUGCUCCCCUGAGUGGUGUUCUCUUUGGGCUUGAGGAAGUGGCCUACUUUUUCCCAGCCAAGACGCUCUUUCGCACCUUCUUCUGCUGCAUAACCGCAGCACUCACCCUCAAGUUCCUGAACCCUUAUGGUACCCACAAGAUCGUCAUGUUUCAGGUUCAUUACAAGCAGGACUGGGAGUACUUUGAGAUCUUCAGCUUCAUACUCAUUGGUGUCUUGGGCGGGGCCGCCGGUGCCAUGUUCAUUAAGGCUUCACGUCGAUGGGCCCAGACCUUCCGCCGAGUUCCAGUCAUCAAGCAGCACCCGUUACUCGAAGUUGUGCUGGUAGCAUUAAUCACGGGCCUGAUUGGCUACUGGAACGUGCUCACGAAGCUGCCUGUUGCUAAACUUUUGUACAACCUUGCCGCGCCCUGCGACGACACAGACAACAACUUGGAGGAGCUCGGUAUUUGCCCCGACAGCCGUAACGAUAUCGGAGCCACCAUUACUAGACUGUUCAGUGCAUUCCUGAUCAAGGGCUUCCUCACCAUUGUCACCUUCGGCAUUAAAGUUCCAGCAGGCAUUUACGUGCCGUCCAUGGUUGUCGGUGGCCUCUUGGGUCGAAUAAUCGGACACUGCGUCCAGUGGUUUGUGCUCACUACCCACACAUGGACGAUUUGGGGAACCUGCUCCCAGGUUGGCGAUGCGAGCUGCAUACAGCCGGGGGUCUAUGCACUGAUUGCCGCAGGUGCCACCAUGUGCGGUGUCACUCGUCUCUCGGUCACUCUCGCGGUAAUCCUGUUUGAGCUGACAGGCAGCCUGGACUAUGUGUUGCCUUUCUCCCUAUCCGUCCUGGUGGCUAAAUGGACCGCUGAUGCCAUUGAGCCCCUGAGUGUUUACGACCUGUUGACCAACAUGAACUCGUACCCGUAUCUCAACAACAAGCACAAACCCAUUUUCACAUCCGACCUUGGAGAUAUUGUUCCUCGCAUAAGGCGCGAGAGGAUUAUCGACAUAACAAACUCGCCGCUCGUCCCUGCCGUCAGCCUGCGUGAGAAACUCAACGUGCUACACCAGAGGGGAGAGCUUGACGGCGGGCUACCUAUCGUGCGUGAUGGGAUACUGGUCGGGCUCAUCCCUGCGCCGGAUCUUGAAUUUGCUCUGGACAACCUCGAGGACGAGGAGUCAGCCAUGUGCUUGAUGGCAGAUGUGCCUAGCGUUGAUGACGACGAUGACGGGGAGCCUGACCCUUCGGACUUGACACGUUAUAUAGAUCCGGCACCUGUUGCACUUGAUAUCAGAUCACCUCUCGAUCUGGUAUACGAGUGCUUCGUCAAGCUCGGCUUGAGGUAUAUUUGCGUGCUUCGCGAUGGCAAAUUUGCCGGAAUCGCACACAAGAAAACGUUUGUCAAGUAUAUACGCGACCUGGAGGAGCGGGAGGGCGCAACACCCAGGUAA